AUGAUGAGCUUGACGCAGUUUAACCGUCAUUUUGGCUACUAUGACCCGUUUCAACAGGCCUGGUCCCUCAGUAAUCGACAACAGUCCCUCGGCACAGGUCUGGGCUAUGUAGGAGUCAUCCUCGGGCUGGUGUGCGGAACACCUCUCAACGAACGGCUUGGACGGCGGAACAGCCUCUGGGUGCAAUCGGCGGUGGCGACUGCCGGAGUCGCCAUUGAAGCAUCCUGCCAGGACAGCUACGCGCAAUUUCUGGUGGGCAAGGUAGUCGUCUACUUCGCCGGUGGCAUCGCCUCGACGGUCAUUCCGGUCUACCAAGGAGAGUGCGCACCCCAGCACCUCCGAGGAAUGAUGACGGGUCUAUAUAAUGCCUUCCUGAUGGUACGCGGCUUUUGUGCCGCCCUUAUCGUCUACCUCUGUCGUCAUGUGCCGAGCGACUGGGCCUGGCGCAGUGUUGUGGUGACGCAAGUAGCUAUUCCCGCCAUGGGGUGGCUGAGCCUGCCCCUCCUUCCUGAAUCACCCUACUGGCUACUCCGUCGUGGCCGUCGUGCUGCCGCCAUCGCCAGCCUGCGCCGGCUGCAUGCCCUAGACGCCGCUGCCGCUGAGGCCGAAAUCCUUUCCAUCGAACAACAACUCGUCCUGCAGCAACACCAACAACAACAAGAGAAGGAGCUCGCAUCCUGGAUGGCUUGCUUCACAGAUCCCGUCUACUUCCGUCGCACUCUCAUCGCUGCCGUUUUUCUGGAACAGGUCGGUUUCCGCCAGGUUUUGUUGAUGUCGGUGAUUGUCUAUAUCAUCGGCAUAAUCGGCAAUUUAACGGGAAUGUUCAUGGCUGACCGGCUGGGUCGUCGCAACGUGCUCCUCCCGGCAUCUGGCCUCCUCGGUGCAUGUAUGCUGACCAUUGGCGGCCUCACCACCCCUUCCACAGCCUCAUCCUCCCUCUCCAUCGCUGUGGUAGUCAUGCUCAUGCUUUGGUUCUUUACAUUUCAGAGCACAUGGGGCCCGUUGGCCUGGGCAAUCACCGCCGAAAUUCCACCCACAGGGACCGCUGUCCGCGAGAAGAUGGUUACGCUGGCGGGAUCUUCGGCAUACGGCACCGGUCUGGUCAUCGUCUUUGUGAAUCCCUACACUCAGGCUGCUAUUGGGGGUAAGGUAGCCUUCAUAUACGGCGCACUGUCCGUCAUCGCGGCGGCGUUUGUCUGGAUGUUUGUACCGGAAACAAAACGCCGUUCGUUGGAGGAGAUUGACGAGAUGUUUAUGGCGCGAGUGCCCGCGCGAGAGUUUAAAACGUAUCAGUGCCACAGCAGUGCAUCCGGUCUAGACAAAGCUGUGGAUGACAAAGCGUCAGUGGAUGAAUGCAUUUGA